AGGCUGGUCCUCAGAAUGGCCCGCACCAAGCAGACAGCGCGCAAAUCGACUGGCGGAAAAGCUCCUCGCAAACAGUUGGCGACCAAAGCGGCGCGGAAGAGCGCUCCUGCCACCGGCGGAGUGAAGAAGCCUCAUCGCUACCGGCCCGGCACCGUGGCUCUGAGGGAAAUCCGGCGCUACCAGAAAUCCACCGAGCUGCUCAUCCGCAAACUUCCCUUCCAGCGCCUGGUCCGGGAGAUCGCUCAGGACUUCAAAACCGAUCUGCGUUUCCAGAGCUCGGCCGUCAUGGCCCUGCAGGAGGCAAGUGAGGCUUACCUGGUCGGGCUCUUUGAGGACACUAACCUGUGCGCCAUCCACGCCAAGCGAGUCACCAUUAUGCCCAAGGACAUCCAGUUGGCCCGCCGCAUCCGCGGGGAGCGCGCCUAAGCCCAGCCUACACACCAAA